AAAAAAAAUUCCACAUAAACAUUGGGGCUCCAAUUUGGCGGGAACUGUGACCGCGAGCCUCCGUCUACAGUCCACACUCUAAGCGGGAAGAACCGUCGGAGGAUAAACCCUAAAGAUGGGAUCGGAAACGGGUCUUCCGAAAUGGGCAUCGGAGCCUUGUAUUAUGGGUAUCGAUGAAGCUGGGCGCGGCCCCGUUUUAGGACCUAUGGUCUAUGGAUGCUUGUACUGUUCAGUUUCGUACCAGAAGACACUUGCCACCUUGAAUUUUGCAGAUUCAAAAACCUUGAAAGAAGAAAUGAGGGAGGAGUUAUUUGAAAAUCUUAAAGCUGAUGAAUCUAUUGGAUGGGCUGUGGAUGUGAUAGACCCAAGGGAGCUCUCUGCCAAAAUGUUGAAGAAGCAUAAAAUAAACUUGAAUGAAAUAUCACAUGAUUCUGCUAUGGGCCUUGUGAGCAAAGUCCUGAACUUGGGUGUUCUUUUAACUGAGGUGUAUGUGGAUACAGUGGGAGAUCCAGAAAAAUACAGGAUUAAACUUUCUGAAAGAUUUCCAUCCAUUAAAUUUGUUGUUGCGAAGAAGGCUGAUAGUUUAUACCCUGUUGUGAGUGGAGCAAGUAUAGUUGCAAAGGUCACAAGGGACCGAGCAUUGAGGGAUUGGGUACUUGAUGAAACUGCUGAAAACAUAAAUAGGAACUUUGGAUCUGGAUACCCUGGAGAUCCUGGGACAAAGUCCUGGUUGGAUGACCACAAGCACUCAGUUUUUGGUUUCCCUACUCUGGUUCGCUUCAGUUGGGGAACAUGCACAUCAUAUUCCAAACAUCUGGUUGAAGUGCUAUGGUGACUCCUUGAUCUUUAGUUGACAUUGAACUAAAAACAUUCAGGCUCCAAACUGUAUUUCAUUGAAUAUCUGAUUACACUUUUUUUCAUUGGAAAAUGAAAAGAACAGCAUAAGGGGGAACUACUGACAAUUAGCAAGCCCAUUUGAGGUAAAAAAUUUUGAGAACAUCAGAGAGAUCUGUUAUAGUGCAUUUUAGACCUAUCUCAUAGAUGAAAGCUAUAGGAAAUUAGGAAUGCUGCAAAUAGCUUUUGAAUUGGUUAUACAAUGAUAAAAUUUGUUCAUACAAAGCCCAGCAAGUAUUGUAGUUCAUUGGUAGGUUUGUUUAAUGGCCUAGCUGAUUUCGAUAGCAGUUAAUGUGCAUGCCACGGCAACAAAAAAAUCAUUCUGAACUUUGAGUUCUUUGAGAUAUCCAUGAAUUAUUAUGCUGUAAUUGCUCUUCUCUGUUGUUGAUAUCAUUGAAAUUCAGUUUUUUUUUUUUCCUCUUUUUUCUUUUUUUUUUUUUUUUUUUUUCUCAUUGAAAUUCAGUUAUUUUUGCAGCAUUCUAUCUUUUUAAACAUUAGAAUAUACAAAGAUGUAUGCACUAAUAUGCCUAAUUUAUUUAUUUUUGUUUUCAAUAUUUCUUAACUUUCUCUUUUGUUUGUAAUGUAGGGAGGCUGAUGCCAAUGAUGAAGAUGGUGCCUCUGAGACAACUCGUAAACGGCAGCUGAAGCUAACCAAUAUUGGCUUUACUGCAUCAAAGAUGAAAACUGAAGAUAUUACAUCAAGUGGGAAAGGGCGCUGCAAAUUCUUCCAAUCUCGUAAGCUUGAGUUACUCUCUGAAUUCUGAAGCACGCAUGGAAGUCUUUGAAUUUCCUGUCAAAUUCAGACUUUUGGUUUUUUGCCCUUGUGAAAUGUUUUUCCCAAUUGGUCACAACCAAGAUUCAAGAGAAUAAAGUCUUUUCUUGAAGAAAGUGAGCAGAAAACCUAAUUUUCAUGCCUAUCAACCCACUACUAACAUCCAGCAGACAGUUUUAUCUUGAAUUGCCAAGUGAAUGGUGGCAAUGAUAUACCUGAUUGGUAAAUUGGCAUCUGACUUAUCCUAUUUGUAGCUGAAGAAUUUUCUAACGAUCUUAGUUUCCUAGUGACUGGACAUAUUCAUACGUCCUAUGUCGGUAUUCAGUCGUUAGUGGAAAAUAGCGACUGCUUGUACGUUUUGAGGGAACUUGUCCAGGCCUCCACUUUCAAGUGUUUUGGUCCCGUUUUGUGCGCGUUCAUGCAUAUCAGCAUAUGUAUUAGUACUAAAGAUAAGGGCAAUCAUCAUGAGUUGACCUGUGGACAUGAUUUAGUGUAUGCUGAUUCACUGUCUGAAUGUUAAGGUGGUCCUGUACUUAUUCAUUGAGCCAAUUGUGGGACAAAAGCUUAGCUUUGAAGAGUUUUGAGCUUUCAACUUUGAAUCUUUGGUAAAACAAUAUAGUUCUUGAUUAAUGACCUCCAUUUGCUUUUUUUAACGUGUGAUGAGAAUUGAGAAAUGAAAGAGGUACUUUCUUCAAGUUGCCCACAAAUUGAAUGGUGGAAAUCAUCAUGAAAAGGAAGAAUGGUUCAUGUGUCUCCACAAGAUUCCUCUGUUUUAAGAUUACUAAGAGCUUUUGUGAGCUUUACGUGAUCAUGUUUAUUAUUGUUGUUCAAUGUCUACAUCAAUACCGAAAUGUUAUCGAUAUCUCAUAAUCUUGCAAUAGUUUUAUUCAUAACAUCAGAAAAAGCAACAAAAUUCUCACUUUUUACGAUUAUUUUUGGUCAACCAAGAUUCCUACCCGAGAAUAUGAUAAAACAGGAACAGGGAAAACUACUUUUUAAUGGCAAAUGGAGCCUAAACAACACUCAAAACACACUGAGAAUUGAGAAACCAGUAAAACAAUCCAGCUACUGACUACAGUACCCUUCCAGCAGGAAAGAAACUCACGGCAAAAUCAUCUUCUUUUCCGGCAGGAGGAAGAAAUAGAUCGAAAAUCUGCUUCUAGCAAAUUUACAUUAUAUACACACAAACCAGUGCUGAUGCUCCAGAUUACUACAGAACUAACAGAUACACGUCUCUUAGAAGGUAAGCCGAGAGAACUGCAGCUAUUAUGGCUGUAUUUCCCCAACAGCAGCUGCUCGGGACAGAGGUUCCUCCGCGAUGAUGGUUGCCCCGAUGGAUGUUAGCGCCACCACCGGCACCAUAGGCCGGUGAUUUAGGAUAGGAACCGCCAUUGCCUUCCCCACCGGAUCCCCCCAUAUGGCCGCCAUUCGAUCCUCCUCCUCCCCCUUGGAUUGCGAGAUAAUGUUCCACUUUGCUCUGUUGAUUUUCCUGCAAAUGAACUGUAAAGAACUUCAUAUCCUGAUAAACCCUGUAGGUAUUCUAUGUAUAAAAUGCUUAUGAAAACAGGUAAGAAGUAGAGUACCAAGAGGCAAAUUGGUGAGGCCAACUCCACCUAAAGAUGCAGAGCUGCAAGUUGAGAAGAAGAAAACAUGGAGCACCAGCAUAAGUAUCAAAUCUGCUCUUCCCAUUUUUUGAUCAGUUCGAUUGAAACUGCAUGAAUGAGCCUUUCUGCUUAAUUUAUGUGACUGAGCAUUACUCUUUCUAUCCCGCAAUAAUUACAGUCCUGUUUCCAAAACUAAGCAGGACGAGGGAGGGCCAUAUAUAGUGUAGCAUCAAGUAAAAUAAUGGAGUGGGCAUCAAUCCUUUUCCAUCACACUCAGCGCAUUACAUUGUUUUUGAGAAACACAAAAAGGAAGAAAAGAAAGGCGGAGGAGAUUUUUCUUUUAAAAAAGCGAUAAGAUACACGUGUUUUUGUAAAGAUGUAACGAUCUGUGGGUAGCAACAAGUUAUAAUCAAUAACCACUUCUGUGGUAC